AUGGUGCGUCUGAGGGAGAUUCCCCGGACGGCCACGUUCGCCUGGUCCCCCGGUGCGGACUCCCCAUUGAUUGCGACCGGUACCCGCGCGGGUGCCGUUGACGUUGAUUUCUCCAAUGAGACCUGUCUCGAGUUAUGGGACUUGGGCUUGAGCCGCGAGGAUGUCAGUGGGGAGCUGCAGCCGGCAGCGAAGAUUGAUACUGACUCUGGUUUCAACGACAUUGCGUGGACGGAAUCCGACGAUAACAAGCGCGGAGUCAUUGCUGGUGCCCUCGAGAACGGAAGCCUGGAUUUGUGGGAUGCGGACAAGCUACUCAAUGGGUCAAGUGACUCGGUGAUCUCGAGAUCUACCAAGCAUUCAGGGGCUAUCAAGGCUCUGCAGUUCAACCCAAAACAUUCGAACCUGCUGGCCACUGGUGGUGCAAAGGGAGAGCUCUAUAUCUCCGAUCUUAACAACGUCGCGAACCCCUACCGACUCGGCACUGCGGCUCGCGCGGACGACAUCGAAUGCUUGGACUGGAACAAGAAGGUUGCCCAUAUUCUGGUGACUGGCAGCAAUGCGGGUUUCGUCACCGUCUGGGAUGUCAAGUCGAAGAAGGAGAGUCUCACUCUCAACAAUGUUGGCCGGAAGGCUGUCAGUGCAGUGGCCUGGGAUCCUGAAAAGCCUACGCGACUUGUCACUGCGACCCCGUUGGAGUCCGAUCCUAUGAUCUGUGUUUGGGAUCUCCGUAACUCCCAUGCUCCGGAAAGAACGCUCCGAGGCCACGAGUCUGGCGUCUUGUCGCUCUCAUGGUGUACCCAGGACCCUGAUCUCCUACUUUCCUCCGGCAAAGACAACCGCACGCUAUGCUGGAACCCGCAGACCGGCUACGCCUAUGGCGAAUUCCCCGUGGUCACGAACUGGACCUUCCAGACUCGCUGGAACCCCCACAAUCCCAACUUCUUCGCCACUGCCUCCUUCGACGGCCGAAUCUCCAUCCAGACCAUUCAGAACACUAGCACUGAUACUGCCAAGGCCAUUGCCGAUCAGAACCAGGCUCUUGAUGGCGAGGACUUCUUUGCGAAGGCGCAGUCUCAACCCCAGGUGUCGAGCUUUUCGUUGCCCAAAGCUCCCAAGUGGCUUGAGAGACCUUGCGGUGCUACGUUCGGCUUCGGAGGCCGGGUUGUUUCGGUUGGCCUGACCGAGAAGGGCAGCCGCACUUCUACAAUUAAGAUCACUCCGUUCGAGGUCGAUGAGGCCGUUGGCAAAUCCACCGAGACCUUUGAGAAUGCUCUGAAGGAGGGUGACCUGCGGAGCAUCUGUGAAACCAGAGCCACAAAUGCUGCCACCGAGGAGGAGAAGGCUGAUUGGAAGGUCAUCGAAGCGCUGAUCUCCGAGAACCCCCGCAAGAGCCUUGUGGAUUACCUUGGAUUCCAGGACAAGGCUGACGAGGCAGCGGACUCGUUGGCGAAGCUCGGGCUGGGUAAGGAUGAGGAUGUGAACGGAGAACCCGCCAAGGAAUCCCGCGGGCCGGGAGCAAAGAAGCACAAGCGCCUGCAGUCCAUGUUCGACGCCAACCCUGAGGGUGACAGCUUCUUGUCGGACCUCGCUGCCUCGAAGGGGGCCAAGACCAACAACCCCUUCCAGAUCUUCAACGGAUCCGAGUCCGAAGCCGAGAAAGGCAUCACGCGGGCUUUGCUGGUCGGUGACUUUGAGAAGGCUCUCGAUGUUGCCCUGAAGGAGGACCGCAUGUCGGACGCUUUCAUGAUUGCUAUCUGUGGUGGUCAGAAGUGCAUCGAGAAGGCCCAAGAGCACUAUUUCUCCAAGCAAACUGACAGCCCCAACUAUGUUCGUUUGUUGGCGUCUAUCGUCGGCAAGAACCUGUGGGAUGUCGUGCACAAUGCUGACUUGUCCAACUGGAAGGAGGUCAUGGCAGCGCUCUGCACCUUCGCCGAAGAGAAGGAGUUUGCGGAUCUUUGCGAAGCCCUGGGUGACCGCUUGGAGGAGCAGGUCCGCAGCAGCGAUGAGAAGUCUGCACGCAAGGACGCAUCUUUCUGUUUCCUGGCUGGUUCGAAGCUCGAAAAGGUGGUGGCCAUCUGGAUCGAGGAGCUUGCCGAGAACGAACAGAAGGCGAUUGAGACCGGCGCCAACGACACUACUUUCUCCAUCCAUGUUCAUGCUCUUCAAAGCCUGAUUGAGAAGGUGACUAUCUUCCGCCAAGUUUCCAAGUUCCAGGACACCGAGCACACGAAGGACUCCGACUGGAAGCUCGGUAUGCUGUACGAUAAGUAUAUCGAGUACGCCGAUGUUGUCGCCACUCAUGGCCGGCUGCAAGUCGCGCAGAAGUACCUUGAUCUGGUGCCUGAGAAGCACCCUGAGGCCGAGAUCGCUAGAAACCGCAUCAAGCUGGCUAUGAGACAAGCUGCCCCUCAGAGAACGCAGACCACUGCCCCUGCGACCCGGGCGACCCGGACACCCAUGGGAAGGCCCAUGCCGCAGCCUAGUGCUUACCAGCCGCAGUCCACAUUCGCACCGGCUGCCCCCGCUGCCCCCAACACUUAUGCUCCUCCUACUGCGGCUCCUAACCCCUACGCUCCUGCUGCUCCUGCCGCGGCCGCACCAGCACCACCUCAGCCGGUCAACCCCCUACUCCCGCACCGACGUAUGGCGGUGUUCCUCCUCCUCCUCCGCGCUAACAAUCAGUCUCCCGCCACCGUCACCACAUACACGACUGCCACCAACCUCCCCGCGUGGAAUGACUUGCCUGAGGGCUUCAUGAAACCCCCGACGUCCCGUCGCGCUACGCCUGCAACGGCGGCGGCUCCCAUCACCUCGCCGUUCCCGAACCAGUCGCCUCCCAUCGGUCAUGGACCUCCUCCCCCGGGUGCUCCACCCACUCAGCGGACACCCUCCGUGCCUCCUCCGCCUAAGGGCACCGCUCCCCCACCGCGGAUGAGUUCACCGCUUGCCGGAGCUCCUCCGAUGGCGUCAAUGGCGCCUCCUCCCGCGGCGGCUCCGGCUCCGGCUCCGCCCGCCAACCCUUACGCCACUCUGCCUCAGUCCCCUCCGAUGGCAUCUAGCAUGGCUCCUCCGGCUUCGAUCCCCCGUGGCCCAUCUCCGUACAAUGCACCUCCGACUGCCCCGCCCCCGAGCAACCGGUACGCGCCCAGCCCUGCCGCGCAAGCAGCCAGCCCCCAACUGCAGACGAGAGCACCUGUGCCGCCGCCUCCGCAGGCAGCUGCGUCGCCAUAUGCCCCCCAGCCUAUGGCCCAGCCGCCAGCAGCGAACCCGUAUGCUCCUAGCACUCCGCCAAUGGUUGCGCCUCCGAUGCAACAAGGCCCGCCUCCUCCUCAGGCUGGAGGAUCCCGACCGAGCACCGCAAACUCUCAGCGGAAGGCAGCUCCCCCACCUCCGAAAUACCCACCUGGUGAUCGGUCUCACAUUCCGGCCGAGGCCAUGCCUGUCUUUGAGAUUCUUUCCGCAGACAUGCAGCGCGUCAAGUCCCGGGCACCUUCGUCGUUCAAGGCUCAAGUGGAUGAUGCCGAAAGGCGGUUGAACAUUCUGUUUGACCACCUCAACAACGAGGAUCUCCUCAAGCCGAACACGAUUGCCGACAUGGCGGAGCUCGCGAGAGCCAUCCAGGCUCGUGAUUACGACACAGCUCGGGCGAUCCACGUUGACAUCAUGACGAACCGGAUGGACGAGUGUGGUCAAUGGAUGGUUGGUGUGAAGCGCCUAAUUAGCAUGAGCAGAGCCACCCCUUGA